AUGGGAAGAAAAUCACUGUAUCUUCUGAUGUUGGGGAUCUUCGUAGCAUAUUAUAUUUAUAUACCUCUUCCAGAUAAUUUUGAGGAGCCAUGGAGAAUGAUGUUCACAAAUGCCUAUCUGAAUACAAUAAAAUAUUCGGUGUAUUUUGUCGAACUACUGGGACUUUGCAACUCUAUGGAUUCCAUGCAGAUAUUUACGAGUUUUCUUGACGCCCCACCAACCUCAGAUGAAAAUGUCACUGUGACUGAUACAACAUUUAACAACAUUCCUGUCCGUGUCUUUAUGCCAAAGAGAAAGUCAGAAGCAUUGAGAAGGGGUUUAUUUUACAUUCAUGGUGGUGGCUGGUGUCUGGGAAGUGCUGCUUCACAGAAUUAUGAUUUACUGUCAAGAUGGACAGCAGACAGACUUGAUGCUGUUGUUGUAUCUACCAAUUACAGAUUAGCACCAAAAUAUCGUUUCCCAACUCAAUUUGAAGAUGUAUAUAAUGCCCUAAGGUGGUUCCUACGCCCAAAAGUUCUUGCACAAUAUGGCGUGAACCCGGAAAGAAUCGCUGUUUCUGGAGAUAGUGCAGGAGGAAAUUUAGCUGCCGCAGUAACCCAACAGCUCCUAGAUGAUCCAGAUGUCAAGAUCAAGCUCAAGAUCCAGUCUUUAAUUUAUCCUGCCCUUCAGCCUCUUGAUGUAGAUUCACCAUCAUAUAGAGAAAAUUCAGAAUUUCCUUUUCUGUCUAGAUCACUUAUGAUCAGGUUCUGGAGUGAAUAUUUAACUGCAGAUCCAGCCAGCCUUGAGAAAGCCAUGCUUUCCAAUCAGCAUGUGCCCGCAGAAUCUCAUCAUUUACUCAAGUUUGUUAAUUGGAGUUCCUUGCUUCCUGAGAGGUAUAUCAAAGGAAAUGUUUAUAAGGAUCCAACUUAUGGUAGUUCUGAACUAGCAAUGAAAUAUCCAGGGUUGUUGGAUGUGCGGGUGGCCCCUCUUUUGGCUGAUGACAAGAAGUUACAUCGUUUACCUCUAACCUACAUCAUCACAUGUCAAUAUGAUGUCUUAAGAGAUGAUGGACUCAUGUAUGUCACCCGACUUCGUAAUGCUGGAGUUCCUGUGACCCAUAACCACAUUGAGAAUGGAUUCCAUGGAAUAUUUUCAUUUCUGGAAUUUAAAAUUAGUGACAAGAUUAUAAAUAAUUAUAUUAGUUGGUUACAUGAAAAUUUAUAG